AUGACCGUUCACGACAAGCGCUGGUGGAAGGAAGCCGUCGUCUACCAGGUGAGACCGAAACUAUCUCUGACAACUGCGACGAUCAUUUCGUCUAAUAAGUGUCAGUGGGGCAAUCCUGCCGGGCCGCGCUCAGGCAAAGGGCAUGUUCGCACAACUUUCGGCAAUCUGACGACACGUCAGGUACCGAAUGGCCCAGAGAUUGGUCGGAAGAACAAAGUCGCUGACUGGACGUCGUACACUCCACAUUGUCCCGGGCCAUGGCAUCCGCGUUGUAGAUUUACCCGCGCACGUUCAAGGACUCGAAGGGGCAAGGAGACUACGGAGACAUCCAAGGCAUCAUCUCCAAGCUUGACUACAUCAAGAAGCUAGGCGUCGAUGUCGUUUGGGUCUCCCCGUUCUUCAAAUCGUACGUCUUUCGCGCCGGUGCACGUGACCUCGGGGGUUCGGAAAUACGUUCCUUAGCUAAUCCGAGAUUCAUCCGCCUUCAGCCCCCAAAUCGAUCUUGGUUACGAUAUCUCCGUAUGUCGGGGAAUAAGGCUCUCACUACGUAUUUUACUCUCAUGUUAACACUUCUUCAACCCGCAGGACUACCAAGACGUUCACGAGCCGUAUGGAAAAGUUUCGGACGUCGAGGAGCUCAUCGCGGGCUGCCAUGAGCGAGGUAUGAAGGUGUGAGUGACCAAUGCACCCCCAAGAACGCGUGUGUCUCUUCUUUUUGCUGUGCUGACCUUCUGGGCCACGCCGUUCAGCCUGUUUGAUCUCGUAGUCAACCACACCUCAGACCUGCACCCAUGGUUCAAGGAGAGCCGCUCGAGCAAGGACAACCCCAAGCGAGACUGGUACAUGUGGCGCCAGGCUCGCUACAUCGAUGGUGUCCGUCAUCCUCCUUGCAACUGGAAAGCCGCGUUCGGUGGCUCGGUCUGGGAGUGGGAUGAACCUUCUCAAGAGGUGAGUCGUGGUCUGAACAAAGAGAGCCGGAUGUCUUGAAGCCGGACUGACUUCCGCGUAAUCGCUGCGAUCAGUACUAUCUCCACUACUUUGCCGUUGAGCAACCCGACUUGAACUGGGAGAACUCUGAAGUGCGCGAGGCCAUUUAUGGCGAGGUAUGCCGGUUUUGGCUCGACAAGGGUCAGUCAAUACGACCAGCGCAACUCGGCCGACUCCAACAAGGCUCAAACCGUUCGUCGAUAUGUGUUGUGUACUUUGCAGGCUGUGACGGUUUCCGAAUAGAUACUGCAAACCUCUACUCCAAGCAUCUCGACUUCCCCGAUGCCCCUAUCGUCGAGUGCGUUCCAUCCUUCUCGGCCACUACUUCUGUGAAGCCGAUCCUGAUUACGCAGCUUUCUGGGGUCCCACGUCGUAUAGUCCGAGCAGCCCCUACCAAGCGGCAUGGAAAUUGCUUUGUAACGGACCCAAGAUCCACGAAUUUCUCCGCGAGCUCCGAAAGGAGACUUGGGGUCGGUACGAGUGAGUCGAUCCGAGCUCGCCGACGUGCAGAUCCUCGGACAGCGCUGAUGUUGGCAUGGGUGCGAAACAGUGCCAUGACGAUCGGAGAAUGUGGAGAGACGUUCGAGAUCGAGGACAUCCUCAAAUACGUCUCUAAGGAGGCUGCACAAUUGGACAUGAUUAUCCAAUUUGAUCUCGCCAGCAUCGACCACGGCUCUCGUCGCUUCCAGUUCCUGCCUCAGGAGUGGAAGCUCAGCCAAUUCAAGAAGAUCACGCAGCGCGCUCAGGAGCUCACGGACCCUAAGAACGAAGCGUGGGCCGCAACCUACCUGGAGAAUCACGAUCAGGUCAGUAACAAUUCGCGUAACCGCAACUCUGGUCCAUGCAAGCUGAUUACGGAUAUGGAUCGUGUAGGGCCGAUCCGUCCCUCGAUUCGCCAAUGCCUCGCCCGCGCACCGUGUCAAUUCCGCCAAGCUUCUCGCGACCUAUCUCCUUUCGCUCUCUGGAACGCCCAUCAUCUACCAAGGCCGUGAGUACUUAGUGAAAUGAAUCAUGAUACUUUGACCGGAAAGACUGACGGCGGCACAAAAAAAUGUUGACCUUCUCCAGAGGAGAUUGGGAUGAUCAACUGCCCCGAAUCGUGGGAGAUUGAAAAGGUAGGUGGGUAUGGUUUUCAAUCCCCGAAAAGUCUGCUCGCGCCAACCAAUAGAACUGAUGGGGAAAUUUGGGGAUCGAAAUACAGGAAUACAAGGAUGUGUUGACCGUCAACAUGUGGGAGGAGAUUAAGCACGCCGCCGAGGCCGAGAAUGACCCGGAGCUGUUGGCCCAAGGUCGUAAGGGUGUGACCCUCUACGCCAGAGACCACGCACGUACUCCGAUGCAGUGGGACGACGGACCACAGGCCGGGUUCAGCACCUCGCCUAAUUUGUGGAUGCGCGUCAUGGACUCGUACAAGGAGAUCAACGUGGCGGCGCAAGAAGGUGCCGCCGAGUCGCCGCUUGAACACUACCGCCGCUUGAUCACUUUUAGGAAGCAACACCCCGAAGUGACCGUCUACGGCGACAUCGAGAUCCUUGACCUCGAGAACGACGAGACCAUGCUCUACCUCAAACGUUCCAAACACGGGAAAGCGCUCUUCUUUGCGCUCAACUUUACCGCCGACGAGCAGGCGUUCGAGCUCCCGGCCGUCGACGGCAUUGAGUUUGAGAUUGUGCAGGAGCUCAAGUACGGCAAGGGCCAAACGGGUAAGACUCUGGGCCCCUACGAAGCCCAGGUCUUUGCCGGGCGAGACAAAUAG